AUGAAGGCUAAGGCCCAAUACAAGGCGGCCCUCAAAAUCCGAAGCCGGCUACAAGGAAAAGAGGACAUCUCCCAAGAGGAGAAGUCCAAACUAGCCUGGGCUGAGCAAAAGGUAGAAGAGGGGCGUCUUUACUACGCGCAGCUGCCUCAGAUGAAGGCGACGAAGGGCGAAUUCGCCAAUAGCGUUGAGGAGAUGAUGGCCACCAAAGGCAACGCUCGAUCGAUCCAAACGAAGAAGCCCAAGCAGAAGGCCAAGUUGAGCGACGUGUCCAAGAGACACCUCAUCGUGGCCCUGAUCGACCGCAGCGACGAAAAUGGGAAGAUGACGGCGGCGCAGUGGAAACAGGUCCACUCCCAGCUGGUAGAAUCCCUUUUCGCGCGAAUGGAGGACGCGCCGGACGCUCCCAUGCCCACCUUCGACGGUGCGGGAUGGCUGAACGGGGUGAAGAUCCUCAAAUGUAAUGAUGACCCGACGAGGAAGUGGCAGGUGCAAGUGGUGCCCAAAUUGGAAGCUCAGUGGGAGGGGGCCAAGCUGGAGGUAGUGGACAGGGAGAUGAUCCCUCCCUUCUAA